CAUUCAUGCACCAAACUAUUUCUAAACUACGGCAAUACGACUCCAGUUUUUCAAAUACGGAUCAUAUUUCACGAAUUUUUCGCUAUUCAGCUUUUGAUAUUCUUUGACAGCAUUUUUACUAGUGCUGGAAAUCCACCCUGAUAGCUUUAGUCGUAUUUAAAUUGGACUUUGAUAACAUAGUUUUUUUUUUUUCUUUUAUGUUCUGUUCUAUUUCUACGCUUUGUGUUCCAAAAUCACUGUUUUUUGCCUUCUAGUAAUGUAAUCAGAGGGAAAGAGAGAGAGAGAGAGUUUAUGACAAACAUUUAACGAUAUAUAAUUCUUACAUAACCUAAAACGGAAAGUACUAACACUAUUAUGAAUGUCAAGAAAACAUUCGGCUCGAUGAAUCAAUGAACAACGCAGUGAUCCUGGCAAAACAUUUCAAUUGUUUCUUGAAAGUUUUGUUUUAUUCUAUGAAUUCAAAGAAAGAAAAAUAGAAAGAAAAAAAAAUAGCAUCAACGAUGGAGUUCAGCAAAUUGUGGGUUUUAAUAAUUACAGCAAUAUUUUCCACUCGUGACAUUGUGAAGUGCCAUCCUCAGUGCUUAGACUUUAAACCACCGUUUCAAUCAAAUAGCUUGGAAUUUUGCUCUCAAUAUAGGGAUUUCGGUUGCUGUACCAAACAACAAGAAAAUGCUAUAUUUCAAAGGUAUGAAUACGUCAAGACUCAACUUUCAGAUACUCUUCUUCAAACAUGUGAGCCCUAUCUACGAGAACUGUUGUGCCAACCUUGCUCCCCUUAUGCUGCUCAUAUUUAUAGCGCUGAGCAGACAAUGCAUGCCAGUUCUUUCCCCGGAUUAUGUUCCAAUUAUUGUUCACAAUUUUACGCCAAAUGCAAAGAUUUGGUUAAAUAUAUAACGAGCGAUCAAGAAAUUCUUGGUACUUUGAAUUCCAAAGAAAGUUUUUGUUUGGUUGUUCAACUGAUGGAUACAGACUACUGCUACCCUGAUCUUUUAAAAAAUGAACACCUCAACUUCAACAUAUCUAUUCAACAAAUUACGAAAGAAGGAUGUAUGUGUGUCGAACAGUUUGCAUGGGAUUUGAGGAGUCCUGUUGUGGCAAGACAUGCCGGCGACGGCAGUGGUCGCUUGUUUGUGGCCGAACAACGCGGAGUUAUUUACAUUUAUUACAGAAACAAAACAAGAGAGCAAAAAGCUUUUCUUGAUAUCAAGGACCGGGUACUUUAUAGCAGUUACAGGAGCGACGAAAGAGGAUUUCUAGGGCUUGCUUUCCAUCCUAACUUUGCCGUAAAUCGAAAAUUUUAUACGUAUUAUUCAGCUAAACUCGGCAGACGCAAAGAGUGCAUCAGGAUUAGUGAAUUUAAAGCAUCCCGAAAAAACCGAAAUAGGGCCAGUCGCAAAACUGAAAGGAUUUUAUUACAAGUGGAACAACCAUUCUCAAACCACAACGGCGGUGAGCUUCUGUUUGGCGAUGACAACUACCUAUACAUUUUCAUCGGAGACGGAGGAGGUAGUGGUGAUCCCUACGGCAAUAGUCAAAACAUGUCUGUUUUGCUGGGAAAAGUAUUAAGAAUUAAUGUUAACAAGAGACGUAAGGGGAAACAAUAUGCAAUUCCACUGAGUAAUCCAUUUGUCAACGAAAAUGAAACACGUCCAGAGAUCUAUGCUUACGGAAUUCGGAAUAUAUGGCGUUGCGACAAAGAUGAAGGCGACCGCGUCACAGGAAUGUACAAAGGGCGGAUAAUCUGUGGUGAUGUUGGCCAGAAUGCCUACGAGGAAAUUGAUAUAUUGGUCAAAGGAGGUAAUUAUGGCUGGAACGGCAGAGAAGGUUACCAAUGUUUCAAUCCUGCAGUGUGUGGAAUGGUUGGUCCUGAAGAAUUACCGAUAUUCUCAUACCCUCAUUCUGUGGGCAAGUCUGUAACUGGAGGUCACGUGUACCGCGGCUGUGAAAAUCCAAAUUUCAAUGGGUUUUAUAUUUACGGGGAUUUUACAAAUGGGCGUCUCUUCUAUCUUUACCAAUUCAACGAAUCGCAAAUCUGGUUGAACAAAGAGAUUCACAUGUGUGGAGACGAUGUCUGUUUUAAUGGCUUGCAGGGAUCUUACAGUCCUUUUAUUCUCUCUUUCGGGGAAGAUCAAUAUGGUGAAAUUUAUAUAUUGAGCACCAACAUUGCCAGUGCCACUGUACCGAGUGGUAGCAUUUACAAGUUAGUUGAUCCAUUCAGGCGUGGCAACCCUGAACUUUGUGAACCCCAACUGUCAUACAACAAAACUGAUGUUCCUUACAACAUAUCUGGGAUAUUACAGAUGUGAUUUGGUGAUGUUACCCCUUAAGCUGAAUGUCCAUUGGUUCCAAUAUAUAAUUUGAAGUAAAUCUAUAAAAAACAAAAAAAUGGUUCUUCUUUCUAUCUUUUACCAUAUACAUAGAAAACACACACACACACAUAUUUUUCUUUAGGUUCAGAUUGGCCAAUCAUGUUUUCUCACCUUAAGAACAAUUCAAACAAUAACUUCUUGUUUAUGAAUAAUUAUAUACUAACAAAUGUAUACACACAUGAACAUAAUCUUGCACAUAUUUAAAAAUAUUUUGAAUUCCUUACACUCCAUUUUGUGAAAAACUGGUAAAAAAAUUUCACAUAUCAAUGAUGAAAUGAGAAAAAAAUGAAAUAUUUUUUAAGGAAAUUAAAAUAUGCAAGUUUGUUGGUUUGUUCUUCAAAUCUGCAACUCAACUGAAAGAUAUUCUGCAUAAUAAUAAUAAUGAUUAAUAAUAACAAUGAUGAUGAUGAUGAUGAUGAUGAUAAAUAGCUUAUUGUAUAAAAUGUUCAGGUGCUCCACAACUUGUUGGAAAAGGGUAAAAGAGGGGACAGACAGCGCCAAUAAGUCAAGUCAGAUAAAAAGACAGUGAUGAAAACCAAAAGUACAUGCACAUUUCACAGAAGAAAACAUCAAAAGAAAGAAAAGUGAAGAGCAAAAAAAAAUUCUUCAGCUUGAUUUAAAAUUAUUGAUUUCCACAUUUGACUUUUAAUAUCAAAUAGAUUUUGGGGUAUUAUAAAUCUGCCUCUAACUCUUUAUUCAUAAACACACACACACACACAUGCAUGCACUCGCACACACACACACACACACAUUGUAUUUGAUGGCAUAUAAGCCUGCACAUUUUUUCCAAAAAUUGUCUCAGGGAAGUUUCCCCAGCACCUAUACAUGAAGUUAGCACCCCCUCCCACUCCCAUAAGCUUCAAUGCACAAAAAUUUAUUUUUCUCACCUGAAAUUUGGAUGCAUCUGAUACACCUGUGGGUUUUGCAAUGCCAUCAAAUAUGGUACAUACACACAUGCAUACAUCUGUGUCACAUAUUGUCUUGGAUACAUCAGAUUUCAGUAUAACCUUACUGAAAUUCUUAAACUCAUAUGUGCUAGUAAAUAUCUUAUUCAAAUAAUAAAUGGAAUUCUUACAUAUAAAAAAAUUAAUAAAAAAUACUGGCAGGAAAAAUUUUGAAAUUUUAAAAUGUUCAAAUUCUUAUGACUAACACACUAAAAUCAUUUCAACCAUGUUUCUUUGUUAUAUUCCUUUUGUUCAUCUGUUUGCUUCUGUCUGUCAGCCUGUCUCUUUGCAUAGAUUUAGAUAUAAGGUACCACUGUUAAUAUGGUGACUGUGUACAGAUUUAGAUGCAAACUCUUUCUUUACUUUAAUAAAGAAAGCUACUUAUUAAUUAGUUAUGA